UUGUGCUGAGCUCAGAUAGUAAUGUAACGAGGUAUCCAUUUUUGUGUAAUAGUUAACAUGACAGACCCAUCCUGUAGCUAUGUCGAGAACUUCAUACAAAACCCCGCAUGAAGGUUUGGUAGUCAGAUAAGCGCCAUUUAUCACUCGCUAUCUUCCCGGAGCGUCCAGCACCUCAUCGUUAUGGGUAAUUAUAGCAGCACAAACAGGGUUCUUCAUGAUAUGACUGGAGUAACCAGGCAGAUGGCAGACAAUGAAGAAAGCAUCCUUCAGGGACUUCUGGUUUAUUUCUCAAAAUUCAGCUAUGACAAAGCAAAGGAGCAAGCAGACAAGGAGCGUGACUUGAGCCGGUUCAGUGGAUCACCAGUUUGGCAAUCACUUCUCUCAUGUGUGGCCCAGCUUGCCUCUGUUGAGAAACUCUACAUGAACCUCUCUUUCCUAACAGCAAAGGGUUUUUUGAGAAAAGAGAGUUCAGUCCGUGCAAGUUAUGAAUCACUGAACUUAGAACUGAGUGAGCUUGGUUCAGAGAGACGGAGAGGCCUGGGUACCAAUGGCAACCCUCCACCAACAAGCAGUGGUGCCCCUGGAAGCCCUUGCUGUGAUGGCAUUCUAAGGCACCUUUGUUCCCACCUGGUGCUCUUCAUCAAAGCCAGGCUGCAGAUGAUUGCCUUCUAUGAAAAAUUGCUCGAAGCAUCUAUGUGUCGGUUAAUGAACUUUGAGGAGCUGUUAUCUCAGGUGACAGAAAUUGGUCAGAAGAAUAGCAGAAACUUCCACCACCCAAUCCUUACUCCCAUUAAAACAAACUUCACAUAUGAGUGUGAUAUAUUGAUACAUUUACUGCGGAGCCAGCUAGAAAUGCAACACUGGCGCUUCCUACCGUCUCUGAUUCACCUUCACGAUGCUCACUCCAAACUGAAUAGCUGGCAUAGUGCUAUCCAACCCAAGGAGGGUGUUGGCCCUGAAGGAGUAGGCCGUUUCAAAGGCUGUAGUUGGGACCGAAAGGGACAACUACCUCCCGAACUAAGACCAAAACCCAAGAUGAUAGAUACAGCGAACACUGCUCUCAUUCACGUGGUAUGCUCUCCUUACAGCAACGUAACUUCUCCUAAAUCGGAAUUCUUCUUCAAGACAAAAAAAUAUGGUUUUGGGUCAAGCUUUCUCAAGUCGUCUCCUCUCCCUGUUCUGUAUCAAUGGUUGUGGCAGACAAAGGCAGCCUUUGUUUCCAAGUUCUCCUUGUACUUUCAUGAGACUUUGGCAGCACAAAGCUCACCAGCAGAGAUGAAGGCUCUUAUCUCCAGGCAGGGGCAGGCUUGUGAUUAUGUUUCCAAGAUUCAAAGUUUUCAACGAAAGAGUGAUGCUGUGAGCGUGUGUCUAGUGUUUGAGGCAGCAGGAAUAGAGGACUACCAGGGUGCUGGCUACCACCACCCACAGGAGUUGCUGCCAGCACCAAAGGGCCUAGACAGCUAUCCAGCAAUCUUUUCCUACCCGAGUAACAAGUGUCAAGACAGGUGGCCAAGCAUCGUGAUGAGGAUAACAGACCGCAGCAAUGAGGCGGCUCUGCUUGAUGGUGUUGUCUGCUUCUUUGACCAACAGAAUGGUCCGAGUUGGAGAUGGUCCAAGUUGGGCCUACCUCGAUCACUCGCCUGCCCGCCACCACCUCAUGCUGCCUCACUUCCCCGACAACACACCUGCCUCCCCAUCAUCACUGCCACAGACAAAGAGAAAUUUGAUGAAUAAGGAAUAACCAAACAUUCUUGCAUUCAUGGUGAAGGCUGAAGAAAGAAUUUACUUGUUUAUAAAUUCAGAACAAAUUCUUUAAUCUGUUCAUUGAGGUUGGAGAUAGAGGAAGCAAGUACAAAUGAACUAAGAUUAUAAUGGAAACAGCACUGAGUUUAGGAGGAAAGGCACCAGUGAACAGUGGCAGCAAACUGACAAAGGAAAAAAAAUACCUCUUAAAGAAGGGCAAAUAUAUGAAAGUCAGAACUAGGAGGGAUCAGAUAGAGUUGGCAGAACUGACUAAACAUUUUAACAACAGGAAAUUUAUAUUUAACAUCGACAAGAUUGAAGGAACUUAAAAAUGGUUGAGGCUGAAUACAUAUAGAGAGACGUGUGUUUGCUGUGCCUCAUAAAACAUAGAAAGGAGGACCCAUAAACCUUUAUUACAUCUAUUUACCCUGUCUUUCCUCGUAGUACCUUCCCUUACAUCCAUAUCACCACCUCCAUGCCUUCCCCACAUCCCCUAUUCCUUCUCUCACACCCUUAUAAAUGUUUUGUUGGAGUCUGCCCUUUUCAUCUGUAUCAAUUUAUAAAAGUGAUAUUAGCCACACCUCCUUUCUCAUGAACCAACAGAUGACUGGGCAUGAGCAGACACUUGUUGUUUACCCCAAAAGAUUAAGAUGGCAAUGGCAUGCAUACUCUGGAGAAACUUGUAGGAUUGCAGAAAUAAAUCUACACCAUGAGGACGGUGGUGAGGGGAACUGAACUUGGCAGUUUCCUGCGUUCCCACGGAUGAGGCAAAUAAAGCUUUGAUAAGGAUGUGUAGGGGGAAAGCAGAUGGGGUAACAACAGUCUUAAUCAAAGAUUGAUGUGAUUUCAUAUUUAAAAACUACUUGAAAUAUAAAGAAAAUGCUUGCAUUCAAAAUCCAUAGAACAUGGAAAAAUGGCACCAUUGUAUAAAAACACAAAGGUGACAAAUUAUUUACAAGAACUAUACCAACUUCUAUAGUCUUAUAAUUGUAUGAUGAUUGAUUGAUUGAUUGAUAGUUUAUUGUUGCAAGUAAACAACAAAGGAGAAGGGAGGAGCAUGCCAUCCCAACCCCCAGGCAGUAAAGAGUGUGAUUAUACAGCUAAGGAUACAUAUAGAAGUAGCACCAGGAAACUAAAAAGAUACAAUGGUAGGGGACAAGUGCUAAAAAAAAAUAUAUAAAGGCCUUGAUUUAGUCAAGGGAGCAGACAUAAGGGACUGAACAUAUGAACUACAAUCUAGGGGCAAAUGCAGGACACUCACUGAGCACAUGUAUGUAAACUUACAAACUUUUAACCUCAGCAGUCAUACAGGUACUCAGUAGGCAAGGUGAAAAUGAACGGUACAGGUUUCGGAAGUGAAAGCUAGUAAAUCCCAAUUAAGAAAGGUAUGAGGAAAAGUGACUCAUUAUAGCCAAAUUUAUUCAUGGUUUGCUUAGAAGUAUUUAAUAAAGAGUGGAACUACAUAAGAAUCAAGAUAGACGGUGAAUACUUUAUCAACCCUAUUUUCACAAUUGAUUCAAGGAAAAAUUGCAAGGAAUUAUUGAGAAACUAGACACAGGAGUCUGAAAUUAGGUCAAAUGAUGAGUAUGAAGAAGACGAAGGUAAUGUUUGAUAAUCAGUGGGCAGGACAACCAAUACCUACCAUCAGGGGCGUAGCCAGGAUUUCAGUUAGGGGGGGGCACAAUCUUUACCAGUCUGUCUCAUACUGAUAAGAAUUUACAUCAGUGGUUCUUAACCUUUUUCAUCGUAUGACCCCCUGAGACUCUCUAGGGUAUUGCCGUGACCCCUAUAAUAAAUUUUGUAAUGGUGACCUUUGUGCAAAGGUAAGGUAAAACAAAACUAUAUGAAGAUCCUAAUUUAUAGAAAAUAUUACAAAUAAAAGACCUUGAAAAAUGCCACAGAUCCCCUACAAGUGCUAUUUCAAAGUCCAUGGAACUAAUGCACAUAAAAUAAACCCUACUUAUUCAAUCAGUGGGAGGAUUGACGUCAUUGUUUUGCAGCCAUAAGUACAUCAAAGCGAGGAGCAGUGCUCAACAGGCAACACCUCAUGUCGCUGUCAGUCACAAGUCUACUGCGUGCCUUCGUUUUCAGUGCCAUCGUUGAUGAAAAUCCAGCCUCGCAGCGAUAGGUCGAGGGCUAGUAUGAUCAGUGCACGCACCGAAAGAAGAGGAUAGUUGUCAUUCAGUGUCGCCCAAAAUGUCGGAAGCUCUUGUCCAGAAAAAUUGACUUUCAACUAAGUAUCCUCACGAAUUUGAAGAAAUUCUACCUUCGCAGCAACAUCAGUAUCACAGAUGGCACUGUCCUUCACUGAGCAGGGUCUGGAGAUCCACGCAUCAGUACAGCGGUCAUCCAGUCCUGGAAAGUAACUUUCGAUGGCGUCAUUCACUGCCAGAAGAUGAGCUGAGAUCUCCUCAUGGAAACUGCAUUCAGCUUCUGCCAUAGAAUCUAGCAGGGUUGGCAAAAACCAAUGUUUUUUUUUUUUUUUUUCAAACAAAAACCAUGUUUUUUUUUUUUUUGGUUUAAAUUUUUUUUUUUUGUUUAAACCAUGUUUUUUUUGGUUUAAACCACAUAGAUUUUUUUUUUCAGUAUUUUUAUUCCAGUAAUUCUAUCCGUAUAUACAUAUAUGAGUUUGAAAAGGAAUUAUAGAUAGAUUUAGAGAUGGAUUUAGCAAUAUAUUCAUUUGAUCUUCAUACAAUCUGUAAAAGAGGCAAAAUGCAGCUUCUCUAACAUGCUUUUUAAUUGCCAUGUUAAAGAGUAGUAAAACAUGAAAGACCUCUUCUAAUUUUCCAGUAGCAUGCUACAAAA